AUGAAGAACGUUGAACCCAAGAACUCUAGUGCGGACCAUAGAGUUCGUCUGGACCUUGGGCUUUGGGACAAAUUCAGUGAACUUGCAACAAAGUGCAUUAUUAAAAUAGUGGAAUUUGCAAAACGAUUGCCUGGUUUCACAAGUUUGACAAUUGCAGACCAGAUCACACUACUUAAGGCUGCUUGCUUGGACAUUUUGAUCCUUCGCAUUUGCACAAGAUACACCCCUGAACAAGACACAAUGACCUUUUCUGAUGGCCUUACGCUAAACCGAACUCAGAUGCAUAAUGCUGGAUUUGGUCCCCUGACAGAUCUUGUGUUCACAUUUGCCAAUCAGCUUCUGCCGUUGGAAAUGGAUGACACUGAAACUGGCCUACUUAAAGACAUCAGCUUAAUUCAGGGAGACCGCCAGGAUCUCGAAGAACCAACAAAAAUAGAUGAACUACAGGAGCCAUUACUAGAAGCUCUCAAAAUAUACAUCCGAAAAAGAAGACCCAGCAAACCUCAUAUGUUUCCAAAAAUCUUAAUGAAAAUUACAGAUCUGCGCAGUAUCAGUGCAAAAGGUGCUGAACGUGUUAUUACACUGAAAAUGGAGAUCCCUGGAUCUAUGCCACCUCUUAUCCAGGAAAUGUUGGAGAACUCAGAAGGACAUGAACCAUUGACACCAAGCUCAACAGUGACCACAGCAGAGCACAGUCCAAGUAUUUCCCCAAGCUUGGUAGAUAAUAACAGCGUCACUCAGUCUCCUUUGGUGCAGUAAGACAUUUUCUCUAAUGAAAUUCCUAACUCUUGAUGCACAAGGAUGACAUAGCAUAUUCUCUCUACGGCUGCUUGUUUUCUGGACUUUUACAGACACUACAACCCAAAAGGACCAAUAAUUGUUCAUAUGUAUCUAUAUUGUGUGAAGGUAUGUGUGUGUGCGCGUGCGCGCUGACACACACAGAGUAAGUUCCAUUUCUUCUCUACAUUUGUAGGACUAUGCUCUGAAUCUCUGAUUUCAUGAAAUAAACAAACUGAUAUGUUGCUAUUACUUCUUUUGAAUAUCCAAAAUUGCAAGUGACAAGAUUGAUCUCAAAGAGGUUUAAAAGUCGUGGUUAUACCAUUUCUGAUGACUUUGUACAUAUAAAAUAUAUGAAUAUGUACUUUUUAUCCUGGAUGUUUGAUGCUUUCCCUUUUUAAAUGUGUACAUGAAAUGCCCAAGACAUCCCUUAGAAAUGGAUAACAUACUUGUCUGGAUAAGAACAUUUUAAAAGACAGUCUUAGUUAGGAUGAAAACUUAUCAUUGCUCUUUUUAAAGACCUCAGUGUAUUACUUAUUUCCCAGCAAAAGAUCAAAGAAUUUCACUGCAUUAGCAGAAGUAACUUUUGUGGGAGUGUAACUGCCAGCUCAGUUAUUUGAACAUAAUUUGUUCUAUUGUUAAUGUCACUUUAAAUAUAUACAAAGGGUUUCUUACUUUAUUGAUUUCUCUACUUUUAAAAAUACUGAAAUUUUACUUCAUUUAUAGCCUUAAAGGCAAAAACACUUUACAGUGUUAUUUUACUUUUUCACAAGCUAUUAGGUAACUUGGUGAAAUAAUAACCAGGCAUAAUCACUACCUCUGAAUCGGUGGCACUAGUGGGAAAAAAACCACUCUGGAGAAAGUGUUCCUCAGUCCUAUCAUUCUUUCUGUGGCAUCACAGGACUGGCACUGGGACACCUUGAAACAGAUGAUGGAAUCUGUCUCAAUGACCUUGCUAAUCACCAUAAAACAGUGAAAAUGUGGUAGAAUUGUUACACUUUUUUAAAGUGUCAGGUUUUUUUUUAGGUUUCAUUAAAAGCACUAGUGGAUUUUUUUAUAUAUUCUAGCAAAUCUGUGAUGUACUUUCACUGGCUCUGUUUGUACAUUGAGAUUGUUUAACAAUGCUUUCUAUGUUCAUAUGCUGUUUACUUUUUUCCAUGAAUUAUCUUGGCAAAAAAUAAAAUAUAUUUAUUUUGACCCUGUAUAAACAAAAUUUAUUUAGAGAAAGCUCUGUACACAAGUAAAUGGUUUUAUAUUUUUAAUGUUUAAACUUCAUUUCAAAAAGUUGCCGUUUGCAACCAUGACAAUUAAAAUGUGUGCUUUUUGCACAGCUCUCUAGAACAUUUCUACAAGCCGGUCAGACACAUGACAUUUCAAUGAGUAAAAAAGAGCAUAAAACUGUAA